UAGUUAGCUUGCUAGCAUUAGCUACAUUGCUGCUUUGCGACCGUUGAACUGUUUGUUAGUUGAGCUGUUUGCUUUCACUUCACUCGUCUAAUCAAAUAAUAUGUUAGUUGUGCAAAAAUACAAAUAUCAUGAUGUUUACUCACAAUAUAGUAUUGCUAAAUUGACAAAUUUGCGUUGAGAGUAUUUCCGGGGCAAUUUUGUAACUGGGAUACAGAAUACACCGUGCCACCGAGAGAUCUCGUCUUUGCUCAUCUGUCACCGGUUUCCGCUUUCAUGUGCACCACUGCGGUGCUAAUAGCCGCUCUUGUCGGCGGUGGGGCACUGCUCCUUAUGCGCCGUUUGUUCCCUCGGCAGAAAGCUAUGAAGCUGCUCCAGUAUCCCGCCGACACUAUGCGAGGAAAGACGGUCAUUGUGACUGGGGCUAACUGCGGGAUAGGGAAGGCCCUGGCCGGGGAGCUGCUCAAACUCCAUGCCCGGGUCAUCAUGGCCUGCCGGGACCAGCGGAGCGCCGAGGAGGCAGCCAUGGACAUCAAGAAACAAGCCGGACCAGAGCAGGGGGAGGUGGUCAUCAAACACCUGGACCUCGCUUCCCUCAGAUCAGUCCGACAAUUUUGUGAGGAAAUUCACGAGGAGGAAUCCAAGAUUGACGUGCUAAUCAACAAUGCAGGCAUCUACCAGUGUCCCUACACAAAGACCGAGGAUGGGUUUGAGAUGCAGCUAGGCGUGAAUCACCUGGGUCACUUCCUCCUCACUCACCUCCUGCUGGACCUCCUGAAGGCCUCGGCUCCCAGCCGCAUCGUUGUGGUUUCCUCUAAGCUUUACAAGUACGGCCACAUCAACUUUGAUGACCUGAACAGUGAAAAUAACUACGACAAGUCCUUCUGCUACAGUCAGAGCAAGUUGGCCAACCUGCUGUUUACACUCGAACUGGCUCGCCAGCUGGAGGGCACGGAAGUCACAGUCAAUGCUCUCACCCCGGGCAUCGUGAGGACCAGACUAGGCAGGCAUGUUCAAAUCCCUCUCCUGGCAAAGCCGCUGUUAUACCUCGCCUCGCUAGUCUUUUUCAAGAGUCCUUUGGAGGGAGCCCAGACUCCUCUCUAUCUGGCCUGCUCCCCUGAGGUGGAGGGAGUGUCGGGGAAGUGUUUCGCUAACUGUGAGGAGGAGGUGCUGAUGGCCAAAGCUACAGACGACCAGGCAGCCAAGAAACUGUGGGACAUCAGCAGGAGGAUGGUUGGGCUCGCUGACUGAGCAGAGUCCUGCUCUGUGGACGGUACGGGGGGGGGACGACUUCUGAAUGUGUUCUUGGACAAAAUACUUAAUCUCUAGCAGCCCCACAGACACUGUUCUAUGAAAAGUGAUUGCCACCUAUAAUCAUUAAUUAAAUGACAUAUUGUGCCAAUGAAGUGUGUAAGUGUCUGUGCGCAAGAGGGCUGAGUGUACAUUGCAGUGGGUUGAUCAGAGAAUGUAUAAAGCUUUGAAUUAAAAGAUGUUCCUGUAAAAGUGAUGGUUCAAAUGAAGAUGCAUAAAUAUGUGAAAUGAUCUCUGAUUUCAUCUACCUGCUCCGCAACAACUUUCCCUGUCUGAAGUCUUCGUCAUGCACGUGUACAUGUAAAAAGCCAAUUUUAAAAAAUCCAGUUACCCGUGUACAUGACCAAGGAAUUGGUGUUCUCCUGGAGAAAUUUAGCUGGGGAAAUCAGGUUUUUAAAAAAAUGGAAAAAGGGUUUCUUCUUUACACGACAUUUAAGAAAUCCGCUUACUGGAGAAACCUGUAACCUGGUUACUUAAGUGCUUGUAAACAUGUAUGUAGACAUCCACAUGAAAGAAACUCAGGAGGAUGGGGAAACAUGCUACGCGGGCACACAUGGUGCAACCCCUUUCAAAUCAACAGUGAAGGAAAUUAAAAACACAUUUCUAGUUCAGGUAUUGUAUUUGAAUGCUACAUUUGUGCAUAUUUUAGCAUGUAUUUUGCAGUGUAAAAAAAAAAAAGAAGAGGUGGGCGGGUGGCUAAUAAACUAGUUUCCCCCUCUGUU